AGGGAUGGAAACUCUCCAUGUUUCCCUCCAUGUCUUGUGCAUUGUUUGUAACUAAUAAUCACCUUGUAUACUUGUAUAUCUAACCCUUCACUAAGUAAGAAACUCAAUUGGCAGAUUUGAAUUCUCUGCAAAACCUAUCUUGUUCUUCUUAUUAUACAUUCUCAACUCUCUCAAUUACACUAUAUUUGGCAUGGUAUCAGAGCAAUCGAUUUUGGUUGCCUCUGCAUAACCUUGUUCUUGCCUAAAUCUCUACCUAUCCUUGCCCAUAAUUUGCUGUUAUAUUAUUCCUACCUCAUACUUUGCCUUGCCUCAAAAUUGGUCUUGAUCACAAGCCCUUUUUGUGCUCUUGUUUGCUGAAGUUUUAAGCUAUUUCUUCCUCUACAUCCUUUUAUAUACUUACCUCAUGGGUGACACCAACGACUCCAUCAACGACUCCACGGACGACUCCUCUAAAAUCGACUCCACCAAGAUCGACUCCACAACACCACCACCACCCCGGUCCUCUCAUGACUACUCUCCAAUUACUCCUGAUAAGUUGGAUGGGUCCAACUAUCCUGCAUGGUCUCGUAGUGUUCGCUUGGCCAUCACUGCUCGUCGUAUGGCUGGUUUCAUUAAUGGUAAAAAGAUUGCCCCUGCCAUUGAUGAUCCUAGCUAUGAAGCUUGGGAUGAAGACAACUGUUUGGUGCAGUCAUGGCUCCUCAACUCCAUGACCAAAAAUGUACGUGCCUUAUUUGAUCACUGCUCAACGGCUUAUGCGGUGUGGGACGCAGCUCGGAAGACAUAUACUGUCACACAGAAUAGCUCCAAGUUGUACCAACUCCGUCGUCAGUCAGUCACCACCUCUCAAAGUGGUGAACCUGUGAAUGUAUUCUACGAAAAAUUACACAUAAUAUGGCAGGAAAUUGACAGCCUCCGUCCCUGCAAACAUACCAAUCCCGAUGAUGUGGCUCUUCACCAACAAGCACUUGAGGUGGAACGUGUGUACGAUUUUUUGGGAGGACUCGAUCCCAACUUUGAUUCCGUUCGUAGUCGGAUUCUUGCCAUGAAUCCGCUUCCAGCAGUCAUUGAAGCUUAUGCACUAGUGGUAGAAGAAGAUAAUCCUCCAAGUUGUACCAACUCCGUCGCCAGUCCGUCACCACCUCUCAAAAUGGUGAGCCUGUGA